AUGAUACGCUCUCUCGUGGGAGAGGACGGAGGAUCUGACGCUGUUGUUGUGGAUAUCGAAGUUGUUGAUGCUUUGCGACAUGCGGUGAAAGAGAAGAACCCGAAUGCUCUCGCGAACUGUGAUGCGUUCGACCUGACAGUGCUCGAGAAUCGUGCGAAGUACGAUGUGAAAGAAUCUCUGUCGCUAUGCUCAUCAAUCGAAGCGUUUGGGACACCAGAGAAUGAAGCAUUCAUUGUGGUUGCUCGUGAGCCGAUGAUGAGGAUGAAGUGUACAAGCCAUUUGAUCCCCCAUUGGUGCAGUACUUUAUGCCGUCAUCAAGAUAUUUCGAAGAUACCCGAAGACGAAAAAGGAUGUCUAAGUACUGGCGCUCACGUGUGGGAAUGCUACUUGUUGGCAUUUGUUUAA